AUGAGGGCUCCCUCAGUCUUAGGGCCUGUAACGGCGGGCUUAUCGACCGUUCUCCCAUUACUGUCGACUGUUAAACCCGCAGUCGCUGAUGGGUUAUCAUUCCAUUCCGUCUCAUAUCCCAAACUAGAUCUCUCACCAUUAGGACGAGUCGCGCUCUCCGGAGAUUUCGAUGCCGUGUCGCUGUAUGCCUAUACCGAACAGUCGAACUCGACUUCUUCCAACAAUGGAUCGCAAUCGAUUUCCACAUCGCUUCCGAAUGGGGUCCUUACGACGCUCGCCGAUUCCGACGGUUAUAUUCUCGAAAUGUGUCCGUUAACCCAGAAGGAUGGAACGUCCGAUAUUUUCGUUGCCGGUAACUUUACGAGCCUGGGUGGGAUUAAGGCACAGGGUAUCGCGAAGUUUGACCCCAACACGACGAAGGUUACUGCCAUGCCGGGUCUGUCGGGUUCGAUAUCUGCUAUGCUGUGCGACCAGGACUCCAACAGUGUAUAUGUCGGUGGAGAUUUUCGGUUCCAAAACUCCUCGAAUGCGGCCGCCUAUGUUAAUGGUGAAGGGUGGAAGUCUUUGGCGUUUGGUGGAUUCAAUGGACCGGUUACUGCGAUUAUUCGGGGCGAUGACGGCAACAUCAUUUUUGGUGGUGACUUUGACGGCAUCGGCAAUUCCACCAACUCUAAGAAGAACCAGCAGGUCAUCAACCUCCAGGAUGCGAAAAUCACAUCCGACGCGGUCUCUCAGCAAAGCGGCUUCAGCGACCCCAAGAACAUUAUCUGCCAAACCAGCGGCGACGAUGCUUCCGGCAAGACGUGGUUGUUGUACGAUAACUCUCCGGGAUACUGGCGCGCAGAGAUGGGCUAUGGUUUCAAGCCAAACAAGAUCCGUCUGUACAACACCCAUUACGACGGCCGUGGAACGAAGGACUUCUUGCUUCGCGCGCUCCCUGACAAUGGCAUCAUGAACCUCACCUAUACCGACGACAACGGCGAUGAUGCUUAUUGCGACUCUUCGUGCCCCCUAACCAGCAGCACCGACGACAAGUACCGUGAAUUCCGUUUCGUGAACAAUGUUGGCAUGUCUGGUUUCCAAAUCGAAGUUCUUGACUGGUAUGGAGAUGGUGCCGGUCUCAAUGGCAUCGAAGUCUUCCAGGAAAACAUCAUGGCGUACGCUGUCAAUGACUUCAACGAACCAUCGUGCGGAGGUAUUGAAUAUCCCUCCAAGGCUACUACGACAGGCUCUUGGACCGCUAAGCCUUCUGGCGAGAGUCAGUCCGGCUAUUUGAGCACCCAGGUCUCCGACUCCACCUCUUCUGAUGCCUCUGUUGUUUUCGAACCUGAUGUGAAGCAGUCGGGAAACUACAGUAUCCUGCUGUACACACCUGGUUGCAAACAGGAUGAUGACUGUGACGCACGUGGUAUUGUUAAUAUCACGGCCAAAGUGUCGUCGAGUUCCGAUGAGGAUGAACCUAGCCCGACCACUCUUUACCAGACUAACUACUACGAGAAGUAUGACAAUAUCUUCACCGGCCACGUUGAUGCCAGUAGCAGCUCGUUCCGUCCUAGCGUCACCCUGACCCCAGCCGAUGGUCAGAGCGAUAUCACUGUGGUGGCAUCUCGUGUCAGGUUUGUCCUCAAGGACGCUUCGAGCGGGUUAAGUGGGGAAUUGAACGGCUUGUACGAGUACGACCCAUCCACAAACACCACAGAAACCGACUUUUCGAAAUCUGGCUUCAACAAAGCGGGACUGGACUUUGAUGAUGAGGUUACCAUCCGGGCCCUUAUCAAGCAGGGUGACACCAUCUACGCAGGAGGCAACUUUUCCGACUCGGACAUUAGCAACAUCAUGUACUUCGACGAUGGCAAUGCCACUGCUCUGGCUCAGGGUGGUUUGAAUUCCGAGGUGAGAUCGAUUGCGGCGUUGGAAAACUCGCUCUACGUUGGUGGAAACUUUACUGGCACCGCCAAGGGCAGCAAGAACCUGAAGCAUAUCGCUUCUUACUCUCUUGACUCCGAUUCUUGGUCCGCUCUGGGAGGUGGUGUUAACGGACCUGUCUACUCGGUCCUUGCUGCACCAUUGAACGUUUCCACUGAGAUCAAUGAGACCACUAUUGCCAUCAGUGGUGAAUUCGAUAAAUUGUUGGCUUUCGAUGACAACAAGGAAAUUUCCGUGGCAGGAUUCGGUAUCUGGAUCCCGUCCCGCCAGAACUGGCUGCAGAACCUCAAUGUCAGCCAGAUCGAGCUUGGCGGUCAAUUGUCAUCGUUUACCAAGGUCGACAACGCCACUUUGUAUGCUGGUAGUCUCGCCUCGGGCGGUAUUGCCGCUGUCGAUGCUGUCAACCUCAGGUAUCAGGAAGGAUUGCACUUGGAUCCACUGUUGUCCGCGAAGCAGAUUGUCAACUCGACCGGUGGAACUUACAUUGGUGCCUACGAUACGAGCUCCAACCGCAACCUCACCAUUCUCGGAGGCCAGUUCAGCGUUCACUCCACUGACGGGUCGACCAUCAAUAACCUUAUUCUGCUUGAUGGCUCCAAGGAAACAAUCACCACCAUUGAUGAGGGAGUUGACAGCAAUUCGACGUUCUUGUCUUUGGCCGUUACUGAUGACACGCUUUAUGCUGGUGGCAACGUCACUGGCUCUGUGGGUAAGGCUAAUGUUGAGUUGAAUGGUAUUCUCGCUUGGGACCUAUCGAAGGACGAGUGGGCCAACAUGCAACCUCCUGCAUUGAGUGGUGAGAAUGUGGUCGUUAACGCUAUUGCGCCCCGCCCCAACUCCGACAGUGUGUACUUCGGAGGCAACUUUGAGGGUGGUGGUGGAUACCCUUGCCCUAGCGUUUGUGUUUUUGACCCGUCGUUGGGACGGUACAACCGCCCUGGAUCUGACCUGUCUGGAACCAUCUUAGAACUCCAGUGGGCUACUGAGAACAAGCUGAUCGCCGCUGGUAACCUCCAGGUUGAUGGUAACAACACAAACAUUGCAACCUACAACUUCAAGAAGAACGAGUGGACUGCACUUGACGGUGCAUCGUCGCCUGCUAUCCCUGGCGACAUCACCGCUUUUACGCCAGCCAGCCAGGACAUUUCUAUUUUCUGGGUUGCCGGAAAAGCUAGCAACGGCUCGUCUUUCAUCACUCGGUACGAUGGCUCGAGCUUCCAGACCAAGGAAGAUCUCUUCGGAGAUGGAACUACCAUCCGCGGGUUGGAAGUUUUGCCUCUCGCUACGGACCACGAUGAAGUCGAUAUUCUCAACAAAGAUCAGGUCCUUUUGGUCACUGGUCAACUGGUUGUGCCUGACUUUGGCAACGUCUCUGCUGUGCUGUACAACGGUACAGACAUUACACCUUUUAUCCUUACUUCCUCAGCCGAUGGCCAGCCGGGCAGUAUGUCGCGGGUGUUCUACGAGAACAAGAACCCGUACGCUAGAGAGGAGAAGCGCCACACCAACGGAAUCGUCGUCCUAGUCUCCUUCUGCUGCGCCCUUGGCUGCGUCUUCCUAAUUGUCAUCGCCGGUAUCAUCCUCAACAAGAUCCAACGCCGUCGCCAGGGCUACAUGCGUGCUCCUCAGGCCGUUGGCACAGACCGGCAACCCAACAUGCAGCGUUUGCCUCCGGAGUACUUGUUUAACACCUUGGGCCAACGAAGCCCUGCGCCGGCGAUAUAG